GUAGUGUUUAUUCGAUAUCAGUUUUCCGAAAUAUCGUGGCAUCCCUAGGUAUGUAAGCGAAACGUCAAAGUUAGUCGAUUCCGAAUCCCUUACUCGUUUUUAACGUUUUACGUGUUUCUCAAGCAUAUUUCGCAAAUAUACAUUUUCACCAUAUACUUAAAUAUCAGUUACAGAACCUAAAAACUUCAACAUGGAAGGCAAAACAACAAAAAUGCCCAAGGUGGCUAAAGUAAAAAAUAAAGCUCCAGCUGAAAUUCAAAUCACAGCUGAACAACUGCUUAGGGAAGCCAAAGAAAGAGAUCUUGAAAUAUUACCACCACCUCCUAAACAGAAAAUCUCUGAUCCGGAAGAACUCAGAGAUUAUCAACAUCGGAAGAGAAAAGCUUUUGAAGAUAAUAUCCGGAAGAACAGAAUGGUAAUUGGAAAUUGGCUUAAGUAUGCCCAGUGGGAAGAAUCACAAAAACAAGUACAAAGAGCUCGAUCUAUUUAUGAAAGAGCACUGGAUGUUGACCACAGAAAUGUCACCCUUUGGUUAAAAUAUACUGAAAUGGAAAUGAGGAAUAGACAGGUGAACCAUGCUCGUAAUUUAUGGGAUAGAGCAGUAACCAUACUACCCAGAGUUUCUCAAUUCUGGUAUAAAUAUACCUAUAUGGAAGAAAUGUUAGAAAAUGUAGCAGGAGCUAGACAAGUUUUUGAGCGCUGGAUGGAGUGGCAGCCAGAUGAACAAGCUUGGCAGACUUAUAUAAAUUUUGAAUUAAGAUACAAAGAAUUAGAUAGAGCUAGACAAAUAUAUGAAAGGUUUGUCAUGGUACAUCCUGAUGUCAAAAAUUGGAUUAAAUAUGCAAAAUUUGAAGAGAAUCAUGGGUUCAUCAAUGGCUCCAGAAAGGUGUAUGAAAGAGCUGUUGAAUUUUUUGGAGAUGAAGAACUUGAUGAAAGGCUUUUUAUAGCUUUUGCAAAAUUUGAAGAAAAUCAAAAAGAACAUGACCGUGCUAGAGUUAUUUAUAAGUAUGCCUUAGAUCAUAUUCCUAAAGACAGAAACAAAGAGUUGUACAAAGCCUACACAAUACAUGAAAAGAAGUAUGGUGAUCGGUCUGGCAUUGAAGAUGUCAUAGUCAACAAACGCAAGUACAUGUAUGAACAAGAAGUUAUAGAGAACCCUACAAAUUAUGAUGCCUGGUUUGAUUAUAUCAGACUAGUAGAAAACGAGGGUAAUUUAGACGAUAUCAGAGACACUUAUGAAAGAGCCAUAGCAAAUGUACCACCCUCUAAAGACAAACAAUUCUGGAGGAGGUAUAUUUACUUGUGGAUCAACUAUGCUCUAUAUGAAGAAUUGGAAGCGGAAGACAUUGAACGCACACGGCAAGUUUAUAGAACAUGUUUAGAGUUAAUACCACAUAAAAUAUUCACAUUCUCUAAAAUAUGGCUUAUGUAUGCACAGUUUGAAGUAAGAUGUAAAGACUUAAAACAAGCAAGGAAGACUUUAGGAUUGGCACUAGGCAUGUGCCCAAAAGAUAAACUUUAUAGAGGUUACAUAGAUUUAGAAAUUCAACUCAGAGAAUUUGACAGAUGCAGAAUACUAUAUCAAAAGUUCCUAGAGUAUGGCCCUGAAAAUUGUAUUACUUGGAUAAAAUUUGGUGAACUUGAAACAUUAUUAGGAGAUAUUGAUAGGGCAAGAGCAAUUUAUGAAAUAGCUGUAAAUCAACCAAGAUUGGAUAUGCCUGAAUUGCUCUGGAAAAGUUAUAUAGACUUUGAAGUAUCACAAGGGGAAACUGAGAAAGCUAGACAACUUUAUGAAAGGUUGCUGGAAAGAACAGUGCAUGUAAAAGUAUGGCUUUCCUAUGCAAAAUUUGAACUGAAUGCUGAAAAUCCUGACAAUAUAAAUGUUGAAUUAGCCAGACGUGUAUAUGAGCGGGCCAAUGACAACCUCAGAAAUGCAGGUGAAAAAGAAUCAAGAGUUCUUCUACUUGAGGCUUGGAAAGACUUUGAAACUGGAAUUGGUGAUGAAAUGCAACUUGAAAAGGUAUUAGCUAAGAUGCCAAGAAGAGUUAAAAAGAGGCAGAAAAUAGUAAGCGACGAAGGUAUAGAAGAAGGUUGGGAAGAAGUCUUUGAUUACAUAUUUCCAGAAGAUGAAAUGGUUAGACCAAAUCUCAAAUUACUGGCAAGAGCAAAACAAUGGAGAAAACAACAAGAAACAUCUGAAACAGAUGAAGAUUCAAUUGAAACAAAUGAAAAAUAAAGUUUUACAUUAAUGAUCUAAUAAAAUAAACAUAAUAAACAUAUUUUGU